AUGGCCCGCCGCGACGCUGCAAAGGGCAGCCCUAGCCUGGCGGUAACGGCUAGUUGGGACUCGCAGUUGGGGCUCCAGCAGGAACCAGUACAGUGCUGCACGACUCUGGGCUGCCCGGGAACCGGCGAGUCCAGUCCAGCGCUGCAGGCCAACAUGCAGCAUCAGAGUUCCAUUUCAGCUGUGCAGGACCUUUUCCUCUCAACUUGCUCGCACUUGUUUUGCAACGACAACAAGAGCACCUCCGUGCGCGGGCAAUCUUGCCUGGCAAGAGUGACGAUAAGCCACUGGGCACACGCGACACUUUCCAGCCCACCAUCUGACAGCCAAGAGCUGGAGGCGGUGCCGAUUCCUCUCUUCCUGGCCCUCCUUCGGCACCACAGACCCGCCGGCGACGUGCGCCGUGUCCAACCGCUCGUGCUCGCUCUGGAUGAGAUGGACGGGGUCGAUAAUCUUGUGCGCCGUGGACAGACUGACAGACAGACAGACAGACAGACGCUACGAGGCUGGGCACAGAGCCUAGGCUUCAACAUGUUCCCAAUCGACCUUUGUCUAGACCUGCUGACUGCCCAGUAUCUGGGUAAUAUUGCUGGCUGUUCAGAACGAGUGCUACCACCAGUAGCAGUCACCAUCUUGCCGACCCGGCCUCUCUUCUCUUGGCCAAGGCCAAAGUGCGGUCCUAUUAUCCUCGACCUGCGUUUGCCUUGCAUUGCCGCUGUCGCAAUGCAUGCUGCUCAACUGGCAACGUCCAAAGAAAGGCAGGUCUAA